AUGCCAUCCAUUAGGUAUGCAACACAGGAACCCACCAUGUUCAAGGCAAAUUCGCCUUGUAACACAACUGAAGAGGUAAGAACGCAUGGAAGUUGCUGCUCAAGCAGACAUCCAACCACCCGUUACAAACCAAACACCACUCAUGCACCUUUAGGGUCUACAUCCCCGAAGAUCAUCAAACUAACAGCCACCAACUUGGCACAAGGCCAUGCAGGCAACCACAAGCUAAAAACAACCCCCAGAAUGCACCAAACGAUGCGCAAAAAGGGACAGGCAACGCUGCUGACCUAA